AAUUUAGAUUGUUGUGGUCUACGUUAAAUGGAAAAUUGAAGCAAUUGAAAAAAUCUGGAACAAUCGUAAAGCAUCACGAUAAUUUAACAGAUGAAGAAAUACAAAAAAUAUUUCAGCAUGAUUCAAUUUCUAUUGACAGUCCUCAAGGUCUACAAUAUCGUAUCUUCAUAUGGUGUUGUCUAUUAUUUCAAUCUAGAGGUGGUGAAUACUAUUUGAUUAAAAUAUCACAAUUUGUCUUUACUUCGAAUGGAGGGUUGCAAUUCACUAAAUACUCGCAAAAGAAUGAUCAAGGGGGUAUUGAAAGUGAUAAUUCUGGUUUAGUAAUACCUGUACCACCUGAUCUACCUGAAUCUCAAGGCCCCAUUCAUGAUCUAAAACUUUAUUUUUCUAAACGCCCUGAAGACUGUGAAUGUCCCUAUUUACAUCUUCGAAUUAAUCAUAAAUUUAAAUAUAAUUCCCAAGAAUCAUGGUACUGCGACAGUAGAAUUGGUGAAAAAUUAUGUCAAUCAUUCAUGAAAAAUAUUUGUAACAUCAUCGGUAUUGAUACUAAGAAUCGCAGUAUUACCAAUCAUUCUGGACGAUCAACAUCUAUAACUGCCUUAUUUAGAAAAGGCGUUCCAAUGGUAACAACUAUGGCAUUAACGGGUCACAAAAGUGAAGCUUCCUAUAGGGUUUAUGCAAGACCUUCUGGAAAAGAAAAAGAGGAUGCAUUAUCAACUUUAAUCAAUAAUAUUGAGUUACCUUCAAAGCAAGAUGAUAUUCAUACAAAAGACCUAUCUACUACUGCUACUUGUAAUAAUCAGGCUGAAUUUUCAGAACCAAAGGAAAAUUCAAGUUCAACGGCAUCUAAUCUAUCUAAUAAAGUAUCAAGUAGUUCGGUCAAAGGCUGGAAUUCUGUCACAAGACCUUUUCGUAUACCAUUAAAAAAUCUUAACCAACCUUUACAUCUCCCGCCUCAUAUUAAUGCAACAAAAAAUGAUCCUACACUUGGUGGACUACGGCAAUUGUACAAGCAUAAUUAUCAAACUUCUGAAGAAGAAUCGAAUGGAAAUGUG